AUGGACAUUCGCUUCAGUCUCAGCCCGCAGGAGACGAAUAAUACAAGUAAAAUGGUCCCAUCUCUAUGCUUCAUUAAUUUUAUUGCCCCAAGGCGCUCAGCGAAGUCGGAGCGCCUCUGGCGAAAACACGGCAUUAUUGUGUUGCUAUGGCGUAAGCACGGACAUUUGCCGCGGCUUCGUGAGCUAGAAAAUCAGCCAUUAGAGUCCAGAAGGCUAAUUCGAGCAGGCUCCAGCUUCUGCGGGCGAGGGACGGCGGGCGUGUGGGGAGCAUCGAGGCUAAAGUGGCUAUUGGGCGGCGCUAACAGCAAUUAUGCUACAUGCGAGCAAAUGGAUUGUGCAUUACCGACGACAUGGAUUGAUUUAUUGGCUCACGGCGAAACACUCCGAUCAUACAUU